AUGGCAAACUAUUUCCUUAUCAACCUCACAACAAUUCUAUCCCUAACCCUCUCUUUAUCACUACUACCACCACCAACACACUCUCAUAUGUCUUUCUCAAACGACGUUAUAAUCGACACCGCGGUUCCGAAUUUCAAAUCAAGAAGUUGGUUCUUGGCCGGGGUUGCAAAGAAAGGCAUGCGUUGCGAUCCCUAUUCCAAGCGCAACAUUUGCAACGGAGUGCCGGCGAACAAAGGGAGCGGCCUACUCUAUUGCUGCAAAGCACAUUGUCGUAACGUUCUCGGAGACGGCAACAACUGCGGGAGAUGUGGCCAGAAGUGCAGGCUUGGGGAGCAUUGUUGCAAUGGCAUUUGCACCAAUGUUUUGUGGAACGCUAGCAAUUGUGGCAAGUGCGGUAAAAAAUGCAAGGGUGGGGUUAGAUGUGAGAAUGGAUAUUGUGGUUAUGCAUGA